GAGAAGGAGGAGGGCGGCCAUUUUGGUUACAAACACAAACAAGCGGCGAGAGGAGGACGGAGCUCCCCGCGAGAGAGAGAGAGAGAAGGAGAGAGAGAGAGAGAGAGAGACGCGGAACCGCGCCGAGGCCACGCCUCCUCCUCCUCCUCUUCCCCCUCCCUCCCCCAGCAAAAGAGGUUUUCUCCAACGUGGACUGAGCCGCCGGUCUCUGUGGUGGGGGCCAAGGCCGCACCGCCUCCUGGGAGGUCUCCGGAGGCCUGGGGCCGGACUGGGCGCCGGAGCGGCUUCGCUGGGGUCAUUUGCGUCGUAGAAGAGGAGGCGCUGCGGCUGGCUGGGACUCUUCCCUCCUCCUUGCCUUCUCUCCUGCCGCUGUGCCAGCGCGCUCUCUGCUUACCCUACUGACUGCCUCUGCCAAUUGGGAAGAGUAGCGCUUGGGAGGCUGCCGUUGGGGUCCCCUGCUGUUGAAAGCAGCCUCACGACAGGAGGGUACGAUCCAAGGCAGAGUCUUUAAGGUUGUUGGAGAAGAAAAGGAAGAGAGACGCAACCAACGAGAGGAAGAGAGCGCAGCCAAGGAGCAGUAGGAUGGCAGCUGAGACCCUGAACUUUGGGCCAGAGUGGCUUCGGGCGCUCUCCAGUGGCGGGAGUGUCGCGUCCCCCCCUCCCUCCCCUGCCAUGCCAAAGUACAAACUCGCAGAAUACCGAUAUGGGCGGGAAGAGAUGCUGGCACUUUACAUCAAAGACAACAAGGUCCCAGAGGAAAUCCAGGACAAAGAGUUUUCUGCCAUUCUCCAGGAUGAUCCCCUACAGCCCUUGGCGUUGCUGCCAUUGACAGAAGAAGAACAGAGGAACUUCUCCAUGUCUGUGAAUAGCGUUGCUGUGCUGAGGCUGAUGGGGAAGGGGGCCGGGGCCGCCCCCGCUGGAGUCUCCCGGGGGAGGGGCAGCACGCGAAGCCGAGGUACGGAAGGGAGGCCAGGUGGGUGCUCACAGGAAGGCCGUGGCCGAGGUGAGAGCGGCUUUUACCAAAGAAGCAUUGAAGAGGCGGAAGGAGCAUUUGGCCGUGGAGCAGUCCGCGAGAUACACCGCAGCCAGAGCUGGGAUGACCGAGGAGAACGACGGUUUGAGAAGCCCAUUCGACGAGAAGGAGUCCGGGCUCCGUUCGAAGAGGCAGCCCCUCCAGGCCGGAAGGACUUUGCCCGCUCGGACAGCGACAAUUGGCGGACGCUGAGAGAGGAGCACGAGGAGGAGGAGGAGAGUGGCGGCACUGCUGGUGCUGCUGCUACGGCUGGGUUGGGGGGCAGCUGGCGGCAGAGCGGAGUGGCCAGGAGGGAGAGCGAGCGCUGGCGGUCGGCUAGCCCAGACGGAGGACCUCGUUCAGCAGGGUGGCGAGAGCACGGAGGUGAAGGGCGCCGCAGGAAGUUCGACUUUGACUUCCGGGAGCGCGAGGAUGAACCGCGGGGCGGGCGGCGCCAUCGGCACAACAGUGACAGCUUUGAGGACGACAAAGAUGGCCUCCCCGAGUGGUGCUUGGAAGACGAGGAAGAGGAGAUGGGGACCUUUGACUCCUCUGGGGCCUUCAUGUCCCUCAAGAAGAGCCCCAAAGAGUCAGCCCACGAAGAUCAGGAGUUAAGCUUCCAGCCCCUGCAAGAAGAGGAGGAGGAAGAGGGAGAGGGUGACGUGCCGGAGGCUCAGGACGGGAGCCAGAAGGGCAGUGGGGAGCUUCCUGUCAGCCCCACGGCCAAGGAGGGGCCAGAGAGAGAGCGGAAGGAGCCCCGGCAAGUGCCAGACGAGAGUGUGCCGGCCCCCCCUGGUGCCCCCUGGCGCUCCGGCCCCCCCUUCUCCAUGGCUCCUGCUGCUGUCGUACCAACUGGCGAAUGUGAAACGGCCGGCCCAGGAGUCUCCUCCAAAGCCGAGGGGCCCCCGAUGGCUGCCAGCAGCAACCAGGAGGCUGAAGCCAUGGACGGAGAGCCGGGCCUCCUCAGCCCGCCAACGCAGCUGAGCCCCGUUGCCAUCUCUGUUCUUCCUGCGCCAACGCCGUCGUCCACAGCCGCUGCUACUGCUACUACUGAAUUUGUAGUUGGGGACAAUGAGGACGAGGACGGGAUGAAGCACCUGCAACAGGAAGCUGAGAAGAUGGUGGCCUCCUUGCAGGACAGCUCACUGGAGGAGGAGCACUUUGCCCACGCCAUCGUGGACCACCGCAACACGGCCGCCGCCUUGCCGCUCUCCCAUGAAGCAGCCAUGAAGUGGUUCUACAAGGACCCCCAGGGCGAGAUCCAAGGUCCCUUCACCACGCAGGAGAUGGCCGAGUGGUUCCAGGCCGGCUACUUCACCAUGUCGCUGCUGGUCAAGCGGGGCUGUGACGAGGGCUUCCAGCCACUGGGAGAAGUCAUCAAGAUGUGGGGAAGAGUGCCUUUCGCUCCGGGUCCGUCGCCUCCGCCAUUACUGGGGAACAUGGACCAGGAGCGCUUGAAGAAGCAGCAAGAGCUGGCCGCGGCCGCCCACUACCAGCAGCUCCAGCAGCAGCAACUGCUCCAGCUGGUCAACAGCCGGCAGCAGUAUGCCCUCCAGCAGAAAGUGGCCACGGGAGACCUGACCCCCCAGCAGCUGACCACCUUCCUCCAGCAGCUACAGGCUCUCAAGCCCAGAUCCGGGGAGCAGGGGAUAAUUCCUUCUAUGAACCGAUCGAUAUCUGUGCCAGACACCGGGUCCCUGUGGGACGCACAUACCUCAGCCUCACCGCAAGCAGGCGGUGAGGCCAGCUUAUGGGAUAUUCCAAUUAAUUCUUCAACUCAGGGUCCAAGCUUAGAACAACUGCAGCUGCAACACAAAUUCCAGGAGCGGAGAGGCGCCGAACUCAGGGCCAAGCGGGAGGAGGAGGAGCGCAAGCGGCGCCAAGAGGAGCAGAAGCGGCGCCAGGAGGAGGAGGAGCUCUUCCGGCGCAAGCAGGCCCGGGCCGGCCCCGGCAACGCCUCCCACGUGCAGCUGUCCUCUUCCUCCUCGUCUUCCUCCUGGGGCCAGCAGUCGGUCAACAGCAACUCCUCCUCCCAGAACAGCUUCAGCAUCGCCGACAUCCAGAAGAUGGGGGACGCCCGGGCCUGCCGGGAGCUGCGGGAAAUGCGGGAAGAAUGUCGGCAGCAGGAGCUGCUCCUGAAGCUCCUCCAGCAGCAACAGCAGCAGCAGAACUCUCACCCGCUGUGGGGCAGCCUGGCCAAGCAGAACAUCUCCAUGAAGGCCCUGCUGGAGCUGCAGCAGGAGAGCGAGAGGCACCUGCAGAAGCAGCAGCAGCAGCAGCAGAGGGCCCAGCAGAGAGGGCAUGGCAGCCAUGGCCUGGCCAGCCUCUCCUCCUCGUCGCAGUGGGGGGUGGACUCGGGUUCGCUGUGGGGCGGCCAUGACAAGAACAGCUCCAUCAGCCUCUGGGAGGAGAGCGUGAAGAACGCCGGGCCCCUCGCCCGCAGCCUGGGCCUGAAGAACAGCCGCAGCAGCCCCUCCCUGGGGGACUCCUACGGGGCUUCCUGUCGCCAGAGCCGGAAGAAGACGGACGAAGAGGAGAAGCUCCUGAAGCUGCUGCAGGGCUUCCACAAGCCGACCCCCCAGGAUGGGUUCACCCAGUGGUGCGAGCAGAUGCUCCACGCUCUCAAUACCUCCAGCAACCUCGAUGUGCCCACGGCAGUGGCCUUCCUGAAGGAGGUGGAGUCCCCCUACGAGGUCCACGACUGCAUCCGCUCCUACCUGGGAGACACCCUGGAAGCCAAAGAGUUCGCAAAGCAGUUCCUGGAGCGCCGUGCCAAGCAGAGGGCCAACCAGCAGCGCCAGCAGCAGCAGGAAGCCUCCUGGCUGAGCCCCAGCAGCCUUCAGUCCCUUUUCCAGUCCAACCACAACCCCAAGCCACCGUCGUUUGAGAGCAGCCAGGCCCUGAAGAUCAAGCGGCGCCCCAUGAUGCUCCAUGCGGACCCCAGCAUCCUCGGGUACGCCCUUCACGGCUCCUCCAGCGAGUUGGAAACAGUGGAAGACUACUGACUGCGCUGCUGCGCCUCACAGCAAUAGGAACCUCUCUCCCAUCUUCUUCCUCCCUCCCUCCCUUCCUUUCUCUGCCGCUGCUGCCUUGAAUCUCACCCCUUUCAGUCCCGGCUGAAUGUGCACUGCGAGAGGCGGCCAUCUUUGUUGUGUUUUGGGGGGGGAGAGAGAGACACUUCCUCCUCCCCCUUCUCCUCCUCCCUUGGCCCCUCCCUCCUCCCUCCCAGGAGGAGUGGUCAGCGGAGGUCAGCGGUGGUCAGCGGCGGCUGCGGGUCAGUGGGGCCCGGCUGGAGGACGGACAUCCAAGCACUUCUUUCCUUACGAGAAAAAAAGCACCUUAAAGCGGAACAAAAAAGAACUUUUUUUCUGCCAUGCACUUUAUCAAAAGAGAACUCUUUGUGUUGUCAUCAUUUUCCUUUUUUUUACAGUGACUUGUUACAGAUUCAAAAAAAAAGAGUUUAAAAAAAAGAGGAAAAAAUACUUUUUUUGGAGUUUAUAGAAAAGACAAUUUUUUUAUAAAAAAAAGUUUAAAAAAAACCUACAAAAAGUUUAUCUUUAAAGAAAAACACUUAUUUUUCACACGGGGAAAAUCUAUCUAUCUAUAUAUAUACGUUCAGAAAAAAAACAAUGUGAGUGGCAUUUUUUUCACAAAGGCUUGAUAUAAAAAAAAGAUUUAUAAGACAAAAAAAACUUGAAGACCUGCACUUAGAGAAGAAGAAGAAAAAAAAGAGAAAAGAACUGUGUUGCUGUUUUUUUAAAAAAAUGAUAUUUUUCUUUCUUUUUGGGAACGUAUAGAUAAUGUGUAAAUACUGUUGAAGAACUCUUAUUCCGCACAGUAUAUUUUCUCUUACAAAGAGGCCAUUUUAUAUGAAAAUAUUUUUGUUUUUUGUUUAAUUGUCAGAUGGUUUAAUGUUGUCAGAAUUUUUUGUUUUGUUUUUUUGGUUGGAGAAUUUUUUUUUCUUGGGUUGGAGAAAAAAAAAGAAUUGCACAAAAAUGCCUCCUUUCCUUGUUUCCCUUCCUUAUGUUUUUGGACGUACAAUUCAAUUUCAAUGUAUUUUUUAUAUAAAAAAAGAAGAAAGGAAAAAAAUACAAAAAAAAAAAGAGAGAAAUGAAUUUCAAGACACACUAAAAGCGACAAUGAAGCGGGUCUGUUGCUGGUACCAGAAGCUCCCAGACUCCUUUCCUGCGGCAAACUACAAAUCCCAGCCAUCAGCUUCCAGUUUUUUUCUUCCAGGAAGACUUCCUCCUUCCUUCCUUGCUUCCUUCCGGAUCGUGCCCCGAACCUUUGGUUUCCUUCUGGAAUGUUCCACGGAUCUUUCGUCAGCUUCGAUCUUCAAAUAUAUUAUGAAUUCUGUCGGCAAACCUUCCAUGGACUUUUCGUCCACCUCGGUUUUCAAAUAUAUACGAUUUCUGUCUCUGCAAAUCUUCCACGGACUUUUCGUCCGCCUCGGUCUUCAAAUAUAUUACAAUUUCUUUGUCUGCAAAUCUUCCACAGACUUAUCGUCAACCUCGGUCUUCAAAUACAUUACGAUUUCUGUCUGCAAAUAUUUUUUUUAUUUUUUUUCUGGGUGUGAGAUGCACUUUUGGGAAGAAGAAGAACAACAACAAAAUACGUACAAGAAGAUUUGAAUGUUUCAAUGUGUUGUCGAAGGCUUUCAUGGCCAGAAUCACUGGGUUGCGGCACGUUUUUCUGGCUGUACGGCCAUGUUCCAGAAGCAUUCUCUCCUGAUGUUUUGCCCACAUCUAUGGCAACCUCUUACCGCUCAACCUGUGAGGAUGCCUACCAUAGACGUGGUCGAAACGUCAGGAGAGAAUGCUUCUGGAGCAUGGCCGUACAGCCCUGAAAACUCCCAGCAACCCAAUUGAAUGUUUAUGUUUUUUUUUUCCUUGUCUUACACAGAUGUUCAUCGAAACCAUACUGGAAGUAAGCUAGCUUGGAAUGAUUAUUUUCGGAGAAAGACUUGUGUGCAGGGAACGCUCUUCCUGUGUGCACUCAAAGCAGAAAUGAAUGUAUCCGAUGCGUCGCCGCCCGGGAGAAAAGCUGCCCGGCGACAAGCGUUUUCCGCCAUCUUUGUUCACAAGACUGUUGUGUUUUCGAGCCCCUCCUUUUUGUGUGUGUGUGUGUGACAUCUGAGCUUCCUUCCUCCCCAAAUUACCGCUCUUUUGGGGCAAACAUUUCCUUGUGGAUAGAUACAUACAUGUGCCUAUGUAUACAUCAGGUGUGUGCAAACUUGGGCCCUCCAAGUGUUUUGGACUCCAACUCGAACCAUUCCUAACAGCCUCAGGCCCUUUCCUUUUCCCCCUCAGCCGCUUAAACCUUUGUUUACAUUCAGAAGGACAAAACAAGGGACUUCCUUUCCAAAUCCCGGAUGAGCCCCCAUUAUUUGCUUAAGCGGCUAAGGGGCAGAAGGAAAGGUCCUGAGGCUGUUAGGAAUGGUGGGAGUUGCGUCCAAAACAUCUGGAGGGAGGGUCGAAGUCGGCUCGUGCCUGGUAUACAUACAUAGCCACGCACCCGAUAUCUUUACAGAUGAUUCAUCUUUUUAUAUCUUAUCUCUUGAUAUCGAUAUAUCGUAACAUAAUUUUGCUUGAAGAGAUCGGGGUGGGUUUUUUUUGGGGGGGUUACAAAUUGCGUAUGAUUUGAUUUCCUUUGUUUACAAUCUUGGUUUGUGGGGGAACUGGUUGCACACAGGGUACGCAGUCACAGCAGAGGGGGAGAUAUCUAUGUAUAUGUAGGUCUGCGGCACUCUUUCAGCCCAUAAGCAUCCCUCUGAAAUGUGGAACGUGUGUCGUGUAUAUCUCUGUGUAUAGGUCUUCGACACCCUUUCAAAACAUACAUACAUAUAGAUAUACGUCUGUUUGUCUUGACCCAUAAGAUCGCUCUGACAUAUGGGAAGUGUAUAUUUAUAUGUGUGUGCGUGUAGGUCUGUAACACUAUUUCAGCCCAUGAGCUUCUCUCUGAAAUGUGGAAAGUGUGUGUGUGAGUAUAUUUACAUACAUAUAUGCAUACACACACAUAUAUGUGUAGUUUGUACCACUCUUGACCCCUAAGAUCCCUCCGAAAUGUGGAAAGUAUAUCUGUGUAUAUGUGCACACACACAUGUUUGUAUGUAGGGCUGUAGCACUCUUCCAAUGCAUAAGCAUCCCUCCGAAAGGUGGAAAGACUGUAUCUGUGUGUACAUAUACAUAUACAACUACAUGAAAAAAAAUAUGUAUGUAUAUAUGGGGUCUGUGCCAGUCUUUGGAUCCUUAAGAUCCCUCUGAACGUGGAAAGUAUAUAUCUAUUUUGGCCCAUAAGCAUCCCGCUGAAAUGUGGAAAGUAUAUCUAUGUAUAUGUAUAUGCACACAUAUGUAUAUGUAAGUCUGUAACAGUCUUGCAAUGCAUAAGCAUCCCUCCGAAAAGUGGAAAGACGGUAACUGUGUGUGUAUACACAUACAUACACACCUACAUGAAUAUAUGUAUGUAUGUAGUGUGUGCCACUCUUUCGACCCUUAAGAUCCCUCUGAAAUGGGGAAAGCAUGCAUAUGUAUGUGUAUAUAUACACACACAUGUACAUACACACCUACAUGAAUAUAUAUAUGGUCUGUGCCAGUCUUCCGACCCUUAAGAUCCCUCUGAAAUGUGGAAAGCAUGCAUAUGUAUGUGUAUUCACACACACACAUGCAUAUAUAUAGGUCUGCUUGGCACUCUUUUGACCCAUGACAUUUCUCCAAAAUGUGGAUUGUGUAUGUAUAUAUGUAUGUAUAUAGGUCUGUCUUCCUGUCUGUUACCCUCUUUUGACCCAUGACACCCCUCGCCUUUGAAUUUGGGGUCAGGAAACUUUUGCCCCACUGAGCCUCUGCUUUGCUUUGGGGCUUUGGAAGGAGACGGACCCUCCUUCCCUCCCUAUAUUGGGUGCCAUGUUUUGUGCCCCCUCCUCAUUGUUUAUGUAGGUCUUCCCUCCCCCAAAGGGGCAAGGAGAACACCUCCCAAUGACAUCAUUUGGAGGCGCCAUGAAUGCUGUGAUGCUUUAACCCUUGUGUGUUUUUUAGGCAGGAAGCCUUCUCUUGUUUCCUUCCUUUGCUGAAAUAGAGGAGGAGGAGGAGGGAGGCCAUCGCUGUGAAAGUCAUUUCCAGGCUGUCUCUCUUUUCUCUCUGUUUUGGUCAGUAUUGAGCCACGGAGGGGGGCUGCAAAGGGGCUCCGAAACACCGCUCAAGUACUCUUUCUUCCAAUUGAGAAGCUGCUUCCUUGGUCUGCCUUUUUCCAAACAAGGGCUUUCCUGUUGUAAUGUCGUAGAGCGUUGGAUCCUCUCUUGGAUCCCAAUAUCGGAAUGGGUUGUUAUGGGGCAUGGUCAAACAGUCCUCCAGGUGUUUUGGACUUAAGACACCCAUAACAUAGGUAUGCUGAUGAUCUCUUGAUUAAGUUCCAAGAGGACAAAAGAAUGGGCCAACUUCAUCCCAACUUCCAAGUGUUUUGGACUUGGGACACCCAUAACGUGGGUAUGCAGAUGAUCCCUUGAUUGUCUGGUUCCAACUUUAUCCCAACUUCCAGGUGUUUUGGACUUGGGACACCCAUAACGUAGGUAUGCUGAUGAUCCCUUGAUUAAGUUCCAAGAGGACAAAGGCAUGGGUUAACUUCAUCCCAACUUCCAGGUGUUUUGGACUUAGGACACCCAUAACGUGGGUAUGCUGAUGAUCCCUUGAUUGUCUAGUUCCAACUUCAUCCCAACUUCCAGGUGUUUUGGACUUGGGACACCCAUAACGUGGGUAUGCUGAUGAUCCCUUGAUUGUCUAGUUCCAACUUCAUCCCAACUUCCAGGUGUUUUGGACUUGGGACACCCAUAACUUGGGUAUGCUGAUGAUCCCUUGAUUGUCUGGUUCCAACUUCAUCCCAACUUCCAGGUGUUUUGGACUUGGGACACCCAUAACGUGGGUAUGCUGAUGAUCCCUUGAUUUAAGUUCCAAGAGGACAAAAGCAUGGGUUAACUUCAUCCCAACUUCCAGGUGUUUUGGACUUGGGACACCCAUAACGUGGGUAUGCUGAUGAUCCCUUGAUUUAAGUUCCAAGAGGACAAAAGUAUGGGUUAACUUCAUCCCAACUUCCAGGUGUUUUGGACUUAGGACACCCAUAACGUAGGUAUGCUGAUGAUCCCUUGGAUUAAGUUCCAAGAGGACAAAACCAUGGGCUAACUUCAUCCCAACUUCCAGGUGUUUUGGACUUGGGACACCCAUAACGUGGGUAUGCUGAUGAUCCCUUGAUUUAAGUUCCAAGAGGACAAAAGUAUGGGUUAACUUCAUCCCAACUUCCAGGUGUUUUGGACUUGGGACACCCAUAACGUAGGUAUGCUGAUGAUCCCUUGAUUAAGUUCCAAGAGGACAAAGGCAUGGGUUAACUUCAUCCCAACUUCCAGGUGUUUUGGACUUAGGACACCCAUAACGUGGGUAUGCUGAUGAUCCCUUGAUUGUCUAGUUCCAACUUCAUCCCAACUUCCAGGUGUUUUGGACUUAGCACACCCAUAACAUGGAUAUGCUGAUGAUUCC